AUGGUUGAGCAUAAGAACGGUCGUUUCCAGAAGAAGAAGAAUCCGUAUUUGGAUAGAAGGGAGUCGAAGAAUAGAGAGAUCAGACAGGCUCUGACACAUAAAGCCAGACUCAAAAGGAAAUACCUCAAGGAGCUUGAAAGAUCCGGAGAAUCAGUCCCAGACAAGGAAGAAGUACAUAGGCACAGAGUGGUGAGAGAAGCCGACAAGGGGCCGUCGUUCCAAGAACGUCAACAGAUAGCUAAAGAGAGAAAGAAGUUCCUUCGAGAAUUACGUGAGAAGGAGAAAAAACAGAGAAUGGAAACGGUUCAGCUGAAACGUGAAGCAAGGGACAAGAAGAAGGAACUACUAUCGCAGAAGACCAGAACUGGACAGCCUCUUAUGGGUCCAAGAAUCAACAAUUUAUUGGAAAAGAUUCAAAAACAGUACGGUAAUGAUCAAUGAAAACGUAUCAUAUGGACACCGAAUGU